AUGAGUGAAGGACCCCGUUCCCGGAGCUGCCUCCUCUGUCGCUCUCGGAAGGUCAAAUGUAACCGACAGCAGCCCUGUGGGGGCUGCGUUCGGGCUGCCUCCCCCUGCGUCUAUCCCGCUGGGACGGGGCGCGCUCCUAAGCGGCCGCGGCAAUCCGCCAACUACUCGGCGAUGCUGGCAAGAGUAGGCCGACUGGAGAGUAUCAUCCGCCAGCUGGAAAGUCAACAACCCCAGCAACAGCCACUGGCCUUAGACCCGCCCACGGCCGCUGCGUCACACGGUAACCAGCGGAAUGGUCGUCUCGCCAUUGACAGCACCUCGAGUGUCUACGUGAGCAACGUGCUCUGGGCUAGUCUGGGCGAUGAGGUGGAAGAGCUGCGGGAUUUGUUACAUGAACCGCCCUCGAAUGACGACGACGAGCAGGAGCAGGAAGAGGAGGGGGAUUGGCAGGAAGAAACAGAUGAAAAGCAGGAGACAACUCCCGACAGCACCGGGCUAAAUGUCGCCAUAAUGGGCUUCAAGUCGCUCUCCCACUCACUGCGAGCCUACCAUCCGUCGCUCUCCCAGCAGGUCGCCCUGUUCGACAUCCUCCAGACCAAUGUCAUCCCCAUGGUGAAGAUCUUCCACAUGCCGACCCUCUCACAGCUCUUCUGGAACGCGGUCGCCUCGCUGGACGCUCUCGAUUGCAACACGGAGGCCCUCCUGUUUGCCAUCUACUAUGCUGCCAUCAUCAGUACCGAUCAGAAUCAGUGCCCUCUUGGUCUACCUCGGGCCCAGGCCCUUCAUACUUAUCGCUUUGCCGCCGAGCAGGCCCUCGCUCGCGCCGAUCUGCUGAAUACCCAGAACAUCAUCCUGUUACAGGCAGCGGCCUUGUUUCUCAGUGCCCUACGUACCGAAGAUGAUUCCCGAACGGUCUGGUCGCUGACAGCCUUGAUUGUGCACAUCGCACAGGCCAUGGGUCUCCAUCGCGACGGCGCAGCCUUUGGUUUACGGCCCCUUGAGACCGAACUGCGACGGCGACUGUGGUGGUUCAUCGUCGGCCUCGACCAGCGCUCGUCCGAGUAUCACGGUUACGAGCCGAUCGUUUCCGAGUCGUCCUUCGAUGCCCAGCUACCGUUGAAUAUCAAUGACUCGGAUCUGACCGCGGACAUGGUUCAGCCGCCGACUGAGCGCGACGGUUCCACGGAGAUGACGCUGGGUCUGAUCGCGUGGGAAGCCAUCUCCACCGUGCGCAAGGUCAGCUUCAUCCCCCCGCACUGCGGUCAGGGAAGUACAACCAUCAGCAGUAGUCCGUCCCUCGACGAACUGUCGUUGCCCGAACGAGAGGCCCUGGCCGAAGAGCUCCAGCGUCGCCUGGAGACCCGGUACCUGCAGUACUGCACUCCCGCCGACCCCUUCCUCUUCGUCUCAGCUACCGUGGCGAAACUGAUUAUUGCCCGCGUAUGGCUGAUGGUCCAUUACCCCCGCAAGCAGGUGGACAAUGACAACAGUAAAGAAGUAGCACCUGCCCCAGCGCAAGCGAGACGAGAUAAGAUCUUUCUCCGCGCCGUCGAGGUCCUGGAGCUCUCAUGCUUCCUCCUGUGUAAUCCCAGCAUCGCCCACUGGGCCUGGCGAUUCGACACGUAUCUGCAGUGGCACGCGGUUGCCCUCGUCCUGUUGGAGAUCUGUACUCGCCCUCCAUGUCGGGACUGUGACAGGGCAUGGGCAGCAGUGGAGAUCCUCUACGACCGCUGGCGCAUGAAGGAGCAUACGCGCAAGGGGAUGCUGUGGAGGCCAAUCGGGCGGUUGAUGGCCAAGGCGCGUUAUGUCCGGGAGACGCAGUCGGUGGACAGAGGCUGCUUGGUCGGGGGGUCGUUGGUAGUGAAAGACGCCCCUUCCGUUGUCUCUUACAAUUCAUCCUCUCACAAUACCGUCACGACGACGUUGGAUUCCCUGGCUGAUAUCUUUUCGCUAACACCCUUUCUGGAGCUGAGUCCUGGUCCCAAUUUGGCUGAUUUCUUUCCUGUAGACGAUGACUUUAUUCAGGUAGAUAUGCGUGCUGUGAUCUACAUAUUGGACAGUCUCAAAGAGAAACCGAUGCCAUCAAGAGCCCAAUUUCUGUACAAGACCACAUACAUAUAG